UCUGGGCUGACCAGCAAGGAAAAGAAGAGGAAAAUCAAACAGGCCACUAUCAUCUCCCAGAUCUCCACUAGUCUCCCACCUGCGGAAGACGAUCCAGUGAUCGGCUUCCAAAAGAAAGAUCUAGUCGGCCUCGAUCUGCCACACAACGACGCUCUUGUCAUUAGCAUUCAAAUCGCUCAGGCCAUGGUCGAUCGAAUCCAUGCAGACGAGGGCAGUGCAGCCAAUAUCCUACAAUUGGCAGUCAUCCAGCAGAUGGGCUUAGAGACAAAGAUCAACAAAUUAGCUAGGUCACUAACCGGCUUCAAUGGCGCAACAACGGUUACCGUGGGCAUGAUAGAUCUCGACGUCUACUCCCCACCUGUAAUCAGCUCACAAACAUUCAUGGUCAUUGAUGAAGUCUCGCCCUACAAUGGCAUUCUGGGCAGACCAUGGAUCAGCAAGAUCAACGCCAUCACCUCCGCCACACAUCAGAAAAUCCGCUACCCUAUCCCUGGGGGCGGUAUCAGUCAGAUCAAUAGUGAUCAAGCAAUGGCGAGGAAAUGCUCAGCUUAA